AUGGCCGUAAGGCCAACCAGCAGUCGGCAAUUUGACAAAAACAACAACAGUAACACCAAUAAUAAUUCUGAAAAGCAAAGAGUUGUUGAAUUUAAUAUAAAAGAAGAAUCUUCUGAUAAAUCUUCUGAUUUAUUAAAUACAGUAAAAACAGAAAAUAAAAAAGAAGAAAAAUAUUUAAAAAGAGAAUUAGCCUAUAGAAGUAUUAUUUUAUUUAGUUCUUUAUUUAGUAUUAGUGCACUUCUUUGCCUUUGUGCAUUACUUCCAUCAUUAUAUAGCCAUGUUAAUAGUUUGGCUGGAUUUGCGAGAAAAGAUUUUGCUUUUUGUGAAAGAACAGCACUCGAUUCAGAAAUGGCAUUACCUAUUAAAAAUCAAAAAGUAGAAAUUUCAAAAACGAAUAGAAGUAAAAGACAUGUUCCUUAUGGUAGUGGAUAUAAUGCUGCAUUAAUGAAUGGAGGAGGGCCUAUGUUUCAAGAAUGCCCGGCUUGUUGUAUUCCUGGCGAAAGAGGACCUCCUGGUGAUCCAGGCCUUCCAGGAAUUCCAGGUGCUCCUGGCCCUGAUGGGGCACAAGGUCGGCCAGGAACUACUCCAAAUGCUUCGUGUAUUCCUGAAAGAGUAUUUGAACCUCCACCAUGCUUGCCUUGUCCACAAGGACCGAGAGGGCCACCUGGACAUCCAGGAUUUCCUGGGGAGAUGGGUGAUUCAGGUAUUCCAGGUCGUCCCGGUCGAGAUGGAUUACCAGGGAAAAAAGGAGAAGAUGGGCCUCCCGGAUUAGAUGGUCAACCAGGACCUGCAGGACCGCCUGGCGAUAAAGGAUCAACACCAGAGGCACAUAUAAUUCCAGGUCCACCUGGUGAUCCUGGCGAAACUGGACCUUGGGGGCCUCCUGGCCUUGCAGGUCCACCAGGUGAAGAUGGUUAUCCAGGAAGUGCUGGUGAAAAGGGAUGGCCUGGAUUACCUGGACCUCCUGGGGCAAUGGGUGCUUCUGGACAAUCUGGUCCUCAGGGAGAGCCUGGCCCUACGGGCACACCUGGAACUUGUGUAUGUCAAGAUACCGAAAUUGUGGUUACUGAACAAAAGAAAAAGAUAACACAAGGAGGAGGGGGAUAUCCGCCAUCUACAAAUGCAAUAGGUGGUGGUUAUUCACAACAAGGAGGUUAUGCACGAAAGAAAAAGAAAAGGCAUUAA